AGGGAAUGGAAUUACUCGCAAAGUACUUGGAUAUUGCAAAUGCUAGGGUUUUGUUGUUUAAUUAUAAAGGUCCGUUUUCUGUACCAGAUUGCGAAAGAUUGAAAAUCUUGCACAAAGAGUAUUUCAAUGGGUUGGGACACGAUUUUUACCAAGAUCCAGCACUAGUUUAUACCUGGUGGUGUGAUGUAUUAAAACUCUAAAUAGUUAGUGCUUGUCUAAAUAGUUUUUGUUGUUGACUGGAUAGCCAAAAAGCGUUCGUUUAACCUUGUUUUCAUAAUUCGUUUGGGAAGAGUGAUUACUGCAAAGCCUCUUGUAAUGUCCUCUUCCAGGACCAUAACAUGACCGAAUAUAUGACUAAGCGUUACACAGCUUGUGCUACAUUCUGUUAGUAAGAUGUGGGACUUUAUGCACAUAUUCCUGUCAUAAUACAUCCGUCUAGGUUGUUAGGAUCUAAUUUGUAUACAUUAACUUAUGAAGUAGGUACUUUCGAAUAUUUUAUACGUGAUUGAUAUAAUUUCUUAUAGUUCCUUUUUAUUAUACUGAUAGGCAGAUAAUGUGGUUUGUCACAAUCGUAAUAUUUUACAUUGAUAUAUAGGUUGAGGUAAAGGCGAUAUAAAGCUAGAUAUUAUAUCACAAAUAAUCGUAAAUAUCUAAAAAAGAUCAGGUACAAACAGAUUAUCAAUGAUACGGUCUUCAAGAUUUGAAGAAAUAUGGUGAUAUAGUAUGGUUAUUGAGUCUUACAUCCUCAAGAUCGUGUUAAAGAUAUGGUCCAGACUCCCGAUUUGUUUUCAUAAAUAGUUAGGGUAAUUUUAUAUUAUGUUCUGAAUUUCGGCCUUAGUUCUUCAAACUAUCAGUCAGUGUGACCUAAUUUAUAACAGCUUAACGUAAACUCGUCAAAUAGAUGCACAUUGUGCUAUAUUUAACAUUAAUUAUAAAGCACUGAUUUGGCCAUUGCACUUGAAUUCCUACACCUGAGUUGCGAGUUUGAUUUCAAUUCUACCUAUUGGAUUUUAGGCAGCCGGUAGGAACAUUAGAUUGACUAAAAGGGUCGUUAGAAGUCAAGUAUACAGACUUAGACUUGAAGACUGAGUUACAUUAUUAUUACUGUAACGAUCCUGGGACUAAACAUUACCAGAUUCCUCAACCAAUGCAUAGUUUGGAUUUGAAAGUCACUAGUUUGAAGUUGGACCAUCAUAUGAUUAAUUAUCACUACCUGUUUAUGCAUCAUAUGGUGUCUGCCGAAGUUUAAUCUUUAAUAUAUUACAGAUUAAGCAACGUUACUGUGUAGUCAGGCAGUUCAGUGUUACUGAAGUAAAUUCAGACUUAAUUGAGUUGAAAUAGUUGUACUUAUUUUCAUUUUUCUUCUACAGUAUAUAUUUUCUCACUUAUCCUCCCUAAAUCUAGCAUAUAAAAUGGUUAUCAUUCAUACUACAGUUCACAUUGGGGAAUCUGCAUAAAAUACAACUAUCAGUAUCACUAUCAAACACGGAAAAGUAAUUUUGUGAUUAUAGGUUGGAUGAGUUUUCAUAACUUCUAACAGUACAUUACAAGUUUACCACAUUUAAAUUCGUCCUUCGUUUAAUUGGUAAUUCUGAAAAAGUCCAUACGUACCAAAAAGCGUCGAAUGCAGUCAUUCAUCCGGAUCAAUUUCGUCUCUCUAGAAAAGUUGUCAUGUCUUAAGUUGAUGUAAUGAUUUGUUUUCGCAAUAUACUAAUGUGUACGCAUCAGUUUCUAAUAUUCUGAUAAAUAUUCUUCUUAGUAAUAAAUAACUGGUUUUACAAUGACGUCGUGCCCGUUUUUGCGUAAAUUGUCUCCUACUGUGAUUCAAAGAGAUAUUCAACAGUUGAUCCAAUUAAUACCAAGAUGUCCGUUUGCUAGGCGUUUGUUUGAUGGAACUCCACUUUCCAGUCCUAGAAUGUAUUCAGAUGUCGCUAUAGAGCGUCAGUCAGAUGAAUCAUCAGUUUGUAAGAAUGUCUCAGAGUGCUUAUUGAAAAAAUGUCCUUUUACGGUCAAUUCAUAUGAGUCAACAUGUUCAAAUGAUUAUCUGUGCGCCCAAACCUCUAACAAUCACGAAAACGAGAUGUAUCAAAACCAGUUAUGUGGGAUUUCUGAUGACAUAUGUAUUCCAAACACGUGUGCCUUAUUCGCUGGUUGGCAAAAGAGUAUAGUUGCGAGAAAAAGUCUUCAGCCAACAACAGACAUAACGAUAAAGAACGCUGAUCCAGAACAUUCCCAAACAAUCGAUUCGGUGUGUAAUGAUGGUGAUAGCUGCCUAGGUUUCAAUUAUAAUAAGUUUUUCGUGUCUGAAGUAGAAAGAAAAAAAAGAGACUCUACUUAUCGAGUAUUUAGGAGAAUUUUAAGAGACGCAUCUGAAUUUCCGUUUGCAGAUGAUUAUUCUAGUGGUAUGAAACGUCGUGUAGCUGUCUGGUGUUCCAACGAUUAUUUGGGAAUGAGUUGGCAUCCUAAAGUUCAGGAAGCUGCCAUGUAAGUGUUGCUUUUUUAUCCCCUUUAGUUAGUUGUGAUUGUUAUGAACUUUUAGUGGACAAAUCACAUUGACAUAACCUUAUCAAUGCUGACACCAAUAUGGCGAACAGAUGUUAGGUAUGUUACUUAGAGGCUAUAAUGUUUGGGUGGUGACUUACAAAAGACCUUUAUCUUAUAAUUGUUCAUCUCCCAAAUAUUUUAUAGUUUCCUUUCACAGAUAACCAACUGUGUUAUUUCUGUAAUCGUAAGUUUUGUAAACUAGUUAUUCUAUUUCAUAGUGUGGUGUGUGCUACUGAUCUCAACAGAUAUAAGUAGUAUGUAUCGUCAAUCGAAAGUGCAAUGUCUAGAGACAGAAGGUUAAGAGGAUCGAAGAAAGAGAACGAGAACAAAUAACGAUUGGUGUGGAAACGAAAGUACAGUGAAGUCUGAGACAAUUGAUUGACAUUUUGCAAAUGAAGUAUUCACUGUAUAGUUCUCAGAUUUUACUAAAAUUUUCUGUAAUUUUGUGUUCAAAUACAUUCGAUUGUGCCCACUUGUCUUCUCGUUCACUACGAUAGUACCUGUUCAUUUAAAGACUUUGUGGUAUAAAUGUGAUUAUUAUUAUUAGCAGUAGUAGUAGUAGUAGUCAGUAAAUCGCCAAAAUUCUGCUACUACAUAGUAAUUGGUACUCAGUCUUAGUUAAACACAUACUUUUUCCUUUCAUAUUAAACACGGAUUAACGUUGGAUUAUUUGUAAAAGAAAAUCCAACUUCAUUUCGAUGACAACUAUAUUAUGUUCAAACAGUGUAGUGUCACAAUUAAGUAUAUUAGAAAUAUGUACUAUGUGGUAUGUGCUAUAAUAUGCAUUCUGAUCAAUAUAAUCUCACAAUUCAUGAAGAUACUUUUAUCUCAAAAAUAAAAGAUCAGGCUAUACAAGUGGAGACGUGAAUAAUAAGGAUAAUAAGGUAAAGCGUGAAUCAAAGCCCAUUGAAAAUCCAAUUAAAAUUAAUAUUUUAAUGUUAUAUCCAUAGUGCUAUGAUUUUUUUUCCAUCAAUUCUUGUUUUUCACGUGUUUCCACCUGUAUACUCUGACCUUUCAUUUCUGAAUUACGUAUAUCAUCAUGUACAAAAAAGUUAUCACUUAGCACAAACACGACGAAGUAUAUCAAUAAAUUAAUGUUAGAUCAAACUGUUCAAGAGAAAUGGUGGUGUGGCGUGAAAUUCUUACCGUUAUUAUUGAAAUCGAAAGUCUCUUUUUUAUUUAAUUUGGUGUUUAUUUCUCAACCCCUACACUAUCAUGAACCAAAUAAGAUGACCUGGUAGAUGAAAUUUCAGAAAUCAACUAAAUUGUAAGGGUAGUUUCAUUCAAUUAAAGCACAACAGUUCUGCAAAUCAAAUAAUUUUACUAUUCAAUGAGUAAUUGUAAAAUUCUGUUUAACAAGAGUAUGUUAUUGCUUGUAAGUGUAGUAAUGACAAAUUAAAUACUUAUAGAAUAAUUGAUGAAACUAAUAGUUCAAUUAAAUUAAUUUAACAUGUGGCUCAAAAUCGUUUGCAAUGGCGCAGGUGCAUACACUCUUUGUGUUCUCCCAAAUUUUGAUCUCCUUAUUCCUCCCUGUCUCUUUUCUUUUCCCAAAUUUAUUUCACUGUAUUAUACUCUUUAAGUAACAUCUCCAAACACUAAUCUUCCCGAUUACUGCUUAUACUCUUAUUACCUCUACCACUACGGGAUUUGAAUCGACCACUGCAUCUCUGUGCUAACGUGGUGUGGCAACUCGAACUGAUGUACAUACGUACGAAGUUCUACGUUGCUACUGACUGACAUGUGUAAUGGGAUAAGUUAUAUAUCACUAUAUUAAUCUCUUUUAUAAAAACUGCUUGCUAUACAAAUUAAUAAGAUGGAUCACCUGAUAUGUGGAAUUGCAUUAUAAUAUAUCAGAAUUGUGAAUAAUUUUGUUUGAAGCUCAUGAACGAUGCUAAAUUCGUUCCGGAUAUUCUAUUCUCAUGGUUCCCAUGAGUGAAAUAGAAUUCGACAGAAUGUUCUAGUUAUAACGAUAUAAAGUAUAACCGAUCUACCCAAUGACCUAUGCGACUGCGCUUAUAAAUGAUAUGAUUUAUUUUCGGUCGUCUUAUUAUACUGAGCACAAAUACUGUUUAAGGUAAAUCUGAUUUCGUAUUCCCCACUCGUGACAUUUACUUACUAAAAUCAUAUGAACAACCAACAGUCACUUCACUUAUUUACACAGUUUCAUUGUCUGGUCUGCCUGAUUGAGUCUUCUACAAUACUUUUACCGUGGUACAUCAUUCCAAUUGAUCUUUCACUAAGUACCCUAUUAUCUAGACUUUCCGUUUGUCUAUACAUUUAUUGCAUUUCUCCCUUAUAGUUAGUAGAAAAAUACAAUAGAUCAAUCUAAGUUAAAACACUACAUAUAUUAGAAUUAUGUUUCUUUUUUAAGAAUAAAGGGUGUAAUUUAUCUUAUAGGAUUUUAUAUUACUCACAUAUAUAGGUAUGGAGGAAGUAAUAAACUACAGAUGAAUUUCUUGAAUGAGUCCUUGUACUGUCGCACACGGUCUUAACAGGGAUAUGGUCAAAACAGGUAUCUAUAUAAACAUAGUCAAUAAAUAUAAUUUUGUUUCUAAAAUGUAAGUUAAUAAAAUUAAGAUCAUGAAGUGACAGAUGUUAGGCCACCGUUGAAAACCUGGAAGCACUGGACGAGCGUCUAUUCCUAGUAUGGGACUCCUCAUCAGGGCGUAUCCACAACCCCUCACGCGGGAUCCAAACCCAGGACUUUCGGUUUGGCGGUAGAACGCAACCUUAUACUGAUGAUUAUCAUGUGCUCACUAGUCACUAGCUUCGAGAGGUAAUUCUCAGAGUUCUAGUAAGAAGCCUUAACCAGUGGGACUAAUCUGUAUUGGUGUAAGGCAGUUACUCACCGAAGACAAUAAAAAAUGGUCGUGCAAUAUUUUGGAUUAGUUGGAAUUAGACAUUAACAUUGUUGGAUGCCGGCUCAGUUAUCUGGAGUUCAAGCGUCCGCGCGCGAGACUGAAAGCCCUGGAUUCGAAUCCCUUGUUAGGGAUCGUGCUGCUAAGGAAUCCCAUACUAGGACGAAACGGUCUUCUAGUCUCUUCAGGUUUUCGAUGGUGGUUUAACAUUGAUCGGUUCAUGAUCUCAAUUAAAACUCAACAAUCUCCACAACCCUAUACAGAUAAUACAAUUAGUGCACACACAUACUGAAUAAUAUCAGUGAAACAACAAAAUGAAUGAAUAACAAGGAUUAGUCAUGUUCAUAUGACUGGAGCAAUUUCAUAAUUGUUUUCUUGAUUUAAUCACCCAUAUAACAAUGAAUUUUUCUAUAAAACAUUUUUUAGUUCUACCAUACGUAAACAUGGUGUUGGUUCAGGUGGAACACGUAAUAUAUCUGGUAACUCAUUGUUACAUGAAUCAUUAGAAGCUGAAUUGUCAGAUCUUCAUGGAAAACCUGCAGCUUUAGUAUUUACAAGUUGUUACGUAGCUAAUGAAGCUGUAUUACAUACUUUAGGAACUCGUAUACCGGAAUUAACAAUGAUCUCUGAUGCUGGUAAUCAUGCAUCAAUGAUACAUGGGAUUCGAACUAGUCGUUGUUCAAAAAUUAUCUAUAGACAUAAUGAUGUGAAACACCUAACUUCGUUACUUGCAAAUAUACCUAAGGAUUCGCCGAAACUAAUUGCUUUUGAAACAGUCCAUUCAAUGUCAGGUGAUGUUUGUCCAUUGAAGAAUUUAUUAGAUGUUGCUGAAGCUAAUAAAGCACUCUCAUUUGUUGAUGAAGUUCACGCUGUUGGUUUAUACGGUGCACAUGGAGCUGGAGUUGCUGAACGUGAUGGUCAGAUGCAUAGGAUAGAUGCAAUUACGGGUACACUUGGAAAG